UGCUUCUAUGGAAGAAGAAGUUCCUACACCUAAAGAUACCAGAGUUCUUACAGGAACCUCCGUUCUUCAUGACUACCCGUGUUUCGAACAAGAGAUUAAUGGCCUACGAAGCCGGGUUGAAGAUCUGCAAUUGAGGGAGUUGGUGUUACGGUUGCAAUUUGACCAUUUCUGUGAUUUGAAAGAGAAAGAGUCUCUGCUUAUGGAAAUCCGAAAUUUGCUGUCCCUGGAGAGUGCUCGCGUUGAUUUCUAUGAUAAGGAAAUUUCGUCAAUGGAGGCAGAGAACAAGAGGUUGGAGACAUUCGUUGUCCAAUAUCUGGACAUCAUCGAACAGCUUGAGCAGUGGAAAUCAGAGAAUAGAUUGCUUCGGAGGAAGGUUAAGAAGCUAGUGAGAAAAUCAGAAGCACAAUCUCGCCUCGAAAUAAUCAGAAUCCGCGAUGCGCUGCGGACAAAAAUCAAUGUUAUCAAUAAAUCGGAGGAUGAAAUCAACGAGAUGCAAAGGAUUUUGUACGAGUUGCAGGACGAAAAGAAUGAACUUCUAACGAAGCUUGAAACACCGAAGGAAUCAUCCGCGUCCAAGAUUGAAGCAGAAAAUCCAAAUGAGCAAGAGUACAAGCAGCUUCUGAAAGAGUUGGAACAGCAGAAGAAGGAAAGAGCAGGUGAAGUGAAAGAGCUGGUUUACUUGCGGUGGAACAAUGCAUGCCUGAGGCACGAGCUGAUUAGAAUGCAUGAGCAACGACAUCAAGAGCGGACACAGGAAGGAGACCACGUCGAACUGGAAUUUGAAGGACGCGGGGGAAUGAUUAAAUAUGAGUCAGAGCAAGAAUUAGAAGAAUCUCCUUUGCCUGGCAAUGGUGCUGCUCAUAGCAAUGGAGCAAGUGGUGGUUGCUCCAGGAGAAGAAAAUUGAUUAAGAGGCUCAAGAGGUGGGUGGAAGGCAGCGAAAAGGCCAAGUUGAAGGCACAAGACAAAGGUAGGCCUUUUGUUUCAUACGGAACAGAGGAACGUCCGGUUCCGGCUAGACGGUCUUGCUCUAGUGCGUGAGCCAUGCAAACCACCCCUCAACAAACUUUGACCCUCGCAUCAAAAUGCGCAU